AUGUACUCCCUCGUGAAGCCAAACCAAUGGGUGUCCAUAAAACUUUUAUCGGAAGAUACAAAGGUCUUGCAGAUCGUCCCGAACACGACCAUCUCCCUGGGCAAACUCGGCUCCUUCCCGACAAACCUCGUAAUUGAUCGACCUUACCACCUCACCUACGAGAUUCAAGACAAGCGCGAAGGCGAGUCUUACAGCAGACUGCGAGUUGUUCCCCCGAGCGAGAUCCACGCCGACGCCCUCGCCGACACGACCGCAGAGCCUGCCGAAGAAGACGGCGUCAACCUCGAGAACGUGAUCGCCGCCCCAGACGGCGCCGAGUUUGCCGUCGUUGAUAACGAGAGCGGCGAUGUCGUCGCCCGAUCCCGCCGCGAGAUCAUCGACGAAACUGCCCGUCAGACCUUGACCACCGAGGAGAUUGAGCAGCUGAAGCAGGGCAACACCGACGCCGGCAAGGACAUCAUUGCGAAGCUGCUCUUGUCGCAUACCGCCAUUGACCAGAAGACGUCGUUCUCCCUGGCCAAGUAUAAGCUUUUGAAAACGAAGAAGUACAUCCGCCGCUUCACGAUACAGCCGCUGGACACCUUGACACUGGGCAAGUGGUUGCUGGAGGAGAAGGAUGCCGGCAAGGUUCUUGAGAUGAGAGAGGAGAUGAUGGGUCUGCUGGGCUGCUGGGCUAACGUCCACUUCGGCGGGCUUCCUCCCACAGACAAGCCAGAAAUGGUGACGGCUGACGGCUCCGGUAUGCUUGACAAGUCAGAAAUCUGUGGCCGGUGGCUCGUGGUGGAUGACACUGCUGGUCUUGUUACCGCUGCUAUGGCCGAGAGGAUGGGGAUCUUGCACCAGAGCGAAACUGAAGAGGACGAGAAUUCCGAGGAGAAGAAAGAGGGCGCCGACGCCGACGUAACCGCAGACAAGCCCGCAGAAACCACGACAAAUACGGAGCAGACGAGCGCAAAUGCUGCCCCUGUGGACACCACGAAGCCCGACGAGGCCAUGCCCGAUGCAUCUGCGGUCAACAAUGGGGAGGAGCAGAAGCAACAAGCUCCUCGCAAGAGGCACCCACCCCGCCGCGACGACUUCGAGUCUAUCUUCGCUCCGACAAACACCCUGACCCUCAUCCAUCCCAACAGUCAACCGAACCUCGCUCUCCUCAAGUACUACAACUUCGACAGCACAAAUCCGAACCCACCGCACCCCCUUCACCCCCUGGCCACCAACCUGCUCCCCAUCUCCUGGCUGCAGUUGCUGGAGCCCGAGGAGGACGUCACAUAUUCCACGCCGCCCCCCGAUGUCUCCGACGAGGUGCUUCACUCCUGGAAGGCUAACCGCCGAGGAAACUACCACCGCAAGCGUAGACGCUGGGCUCGCACCCGCUACAUUGUCGACUCUACACGCGCGGGCGGCUUCUCCGGCCUCGUGAUUGCUACCACGAUGGACAUUGUCUCCGUCUUGCGCCACACUCUGCCCCUCUUGGCUGGCGGAGCUCCCAUUGCGAUAUACUCGCAGAGCAUUGAGCCCUUGACCGAGCUCGCCGACUGCUUUAGCAUCGCACGUCGUGCGGGUUGGUCGUCGAACCCCCCUGCGGAGGCAGUUGGCAAGUCUCUUCAGGAGCUGGAGCGCUGGGAGGGCUCUGAUGACUUCCCGAUCAACCCGACUCUGCUUCUGGGCGCCAACGUGCAGACGAGUCGCGCGAAGCGCUGGCAGGUGCUCCCUGGGCGUACGCAUCCGUUGAUGAUGGGUCGUGGCGGAGCGGAGGGCUACGUGUUUACAGGCUGGAAGGCGGUGCCAGCGGAGGGCAAGGUCGAGGCCCGCGGAAAGUUCAAGAGAAGAAAGACGGAGGCAUAG